AUGCGCGAGUUUAAAGUUGUGGUGCUUGGAUCGGGUGGUGUGGGAAAAUCGGCCUUAACUGUACAGUUCGUCUCAGGAUGUUUCAUCGAAAAAUAUGACCCCACAAUUGAAGAUUUUUAUCGGAAGGAAAUCGAAGUUGAUAACUCACCUUGCGUUCUGGAGAUAUUGGACACAGCUGGCACUGAACAAUUCGCCUCCAUGCGCGAUCUUUACAUCAAAAAUGGUCACGGCUUCAUUGUCAUGUAUUCGCUCACAAAUCAUCAGACAUUUCAAGAUAUCACGACGAUGCGUAAUGUCAUUAGUCGAGUGAAGGGCAGUCAGCCAGUUCCAAUUCUUCUAGUCGCCAACAAACUCGAUUUAGAAUGCCAAAGAGAAGUUUCCACUGAAGAAGGUCAUGCACUAGCCGAGAUGUGGGGUUGUCCAUUCAUUGAAGCAUCUGCCAAGAGUCGUAUUAAUGUGAAUGAAGUGUUUUCUAUAAUUGUCCGCGAAAUGAAUAUGACAAUGGAAAAGAGACAGAAGAAAUCAUUUUGCUGUUGUUUAUAGGAUUAAAUA